CUGAAUCAAAACUUGUUCCCAUAAUAAGUUUCUUUUAUUAAUACUUUUACUCGCUCUUUUUUCUCAACUGUCUUUUCUGACUCAAGCCUCUCCCCUACCCACUGCCUCUCCAAACAAACCCUGCAAACUUUCUCUUUUCUACCCAUUUCCUUCUGCCAAAGUUAUUAGUAGUACCUGCCAAACUUAUAAAACUACCCACACACAUAAUUAAUCUGCCACACCCAAAAAAAAAACACCCAUUUGAAAAGAAAAGAACAAAACAAACCCUCAACACCCCACCAAUUAGCAUAAAAGCCAACCUGAUUAUACUCUCAAAUCUUCUCCCUUUUCUCUGAUUUAUUUCUCUCUAAAUGGACUUCAAUCUGAAGCAAUGGAGAGAUGAGCAGCAUGAGUCAGAGGAUGAACAACAACAACCUUCUGCUAAAAUCCCAAGACAACUUAUUCUUGAUUCUCCCCAACAUCAUCAUCAUCAUCAUCAUCAUCAUCAACAAAUUUCUGCCCUUCCUUUGUUUGUUUCUGCCGAGCAAUCCCAACCCACCAAAAUUACUACCCAUUUGUCUUCUUUCUUAGAUCAUUCUUCUACUCCUACUGCUAUUCCCACUUCUACACCCACAUUUCCAAGGGUAGGUGGAAGGUAUUCGUUCAGCAUAGCACAAUGGCAGGAACUAGAGCUACAAGCUCUAAUAUACAGGCACAUGGUGGCUGGUGCAUCUGUCCCUCCUGAGCUACUUCAGUUGGUGAAGAAGAGUCUCAUAACUUCCUCUGCUGCUUCAUAUUAUCUUCAUCAUUACUCUUCUCAUUUCCAACCUGCUGCUGCUUGGUUGCAAGCAGGGUAUUGGGGAAAAGGAUCCAUGGAUCCAGAACCAGGAAGGUGUAGAAGAACAGAUGGGAAGAAGUGGAGGUGUUCAAGGGAUGUAGUGGCUGGACAUAAGUAUUGCGAGCGCCACAUGCACCGUGGCCGCAACCGUUCAAGAAAGCCUGUGGAAUUUCCUGCUGCUUCUGUUUCUGUUGCUGUUUCUGCUGAUAAUUCUCUUGUUAGCAGUUCACUAAAUAAGCCUUCAAGCUUUGUAUCUGAAUCUGUGGCUGCAGAUACCCAUUUUUCCCUCUCUAGAUCAGGCACUCCUUCACUUGAUGCUUUCCAGUUGAAUCCUGGGUCAUCUGAUAGGAAAACCUUGUUUGGACCUCAACAUGAAUCAUCAGCAUUAGGAGAUGGUGGGAAAUCUAGUAACAGCAACAAGGUGUUAAUGCACUUAUUUGAUGACUGGCCGCGAUCCGAGAACUCUAAUGGCAGCACUCUUCCAUCAUCUACGAAUCUAUCGAUGUCAACAUCAGGAAACUCGUCUUCGGAUUUCUUGAGGUUGUCAACCGGGAAUGACAAUGAACUGGGUCGAACAGAAGGGAAUGCAGGGACAGAAAGAGGGCACCAACAGUUGAGUUGGAACGCAGGUGGGUGGGGAGCAAAUCAAGUGAGUUCAAUGGGAGGACCAUUAGCCGAAGCAUUGAGAUCAUCAAGCAACUCAUCGCCUACUAGUGUCUUGCAUCAGUUACGUCGUUGCUCUGCUCCUGACACUAACUUUGUCAGUGUUUGAAAUGGCCCAGAUGUUUUUUUUUCUUUGUUCUUUCUACUAAAGGAUAAAAAUAAAGAUUUCUUUUAUAUUUUGAGAAAUGUUUGUAAUGUAAGUUUGUAACUGUACAACACUGAUAUUUUAGGAUGUUGCAACUGAAAAUUGCAGGGGCGUUGUUUUAGCUUUGCCACAAGAAUGGAUCCUUAUAGCAGAAGCAGACCAUAAUAUGUGAUGAUUUUCCUAAUGCUAAUGUGGUACAUUUUUCGGA